AUCAAAGACACGCACAGAGCUGCGGAAGCUCAGUUAAACGGGACCUACGAAACCACUCCUAUUCAGUCUCCCUACAUUACUUCAGCGGUAAAGAAGAUGUCAGCAUCUGUUGUCACCAUAUUUGUUGCUGUCUUCGUGAUAGCCACUGUUAUAGAGGAAGCUCAAGCUGUGUGUUGUAAAGAAGACAAGGCCGGGUGGUGUGCGGACUGUACUGAGACCACUCCAUAUUGUGGAUAUGGGAAGUGUAACAUAUUCGGCUGUGCUUGUGAUGGAGGCUGCAGAAAGGACUGCAACCCCUGGUACAGCGAUUGGCAUCGUCCGCCUUUCUGGCACGGCUAUUACCGAACAUGCGAAUGCCUAAACAAGAGAUCUGUGGAAGAUGGGACCGGGGGAGGUAUUGUCGCUAGAGAUACAUACCUUAAUUGAUGCACAUCUACAUGGGAUUGCAGAGAUGAAAGAAGCUCAGAAGAUACAUAGCGAUAUUCAGAGAAAAUAAAUUCAUGCUGUCGAGUAUAAUAAUAGCAAUUGGUAUUCAACUGGUAUUCUUUGAAUUCCUUUCAUUUUUGAUUUUCACUCAAAUAAAUACUCAGUUUUGAUAAAAUGUUACACCAUCUGCCGUAUUUUUCAUUGAUUUUGUAAGAUGUUGUUAGCGACUUUAACAGGAAAUACAGGUCUUUUAAAGGG